UCUUUAUGCGAUAAGAAAAGUUAAAAACAAAAACAGCUGUAAAACUCGAUCGACAAUAAAUACAAGUAGCAGGUGAAAAUCAACUUUUUGAUUAGAUUGACCUACAGAAUUGGAAAAAAGUCGGCUAAAAAUUCCUGGACUCUAGCAGCUAGUUAACUUCGAAUUAUUAAUUAAAUUAAUAAAAAUCUAAUCUAAUAAAAGUUUAGAUUGCCACAAAAUUAGUGAUCAAAAUAUCAACUGAUAUGAGCCAAGCGAAAUCCGUACUUUGCGUGGGCUGCACGGUAAUCGACUUUGUGACCAUCAAUGGCAGUUAUCCCAAGGAGGACACAGAUCGACGAUGUUUGGACGGUUUUUGGCAACGUGGCGGAAAUGCCUCCAAUGUGAGCACAGUUCUCCGGGUUCUCGGUUCUAAGGUUGACUUCUUUGGAAUGCUUAGCAGAUCGGAUGCGUUCCGAGUGCUUCUCGAGGAUCUUCGAAGACGUGAAAUCGGCACUAAGAAUUGCCCUCUCACUAAUAAGGACCCGCCCUUCUCUUCGGUGAUCUUGGCUCAGGAUUCCGGCACCCGCACUAUUAUCCACUGCAAUAAGGAUUACCCGCAGACCACUUUUGAUGACUUUAGUAAAAUUGAUCUUUCGGAGUAUGAAUGGGUGCACUUCGAGGCUCGCAAUACUCCUCAUACCUUAAAGAUGAUGCAAAGGAUCCGGGAACACAAUGAAAAGACCGGGCAGAACAUCUUCAUCUCGUUGGACUUUGAAACGAGGUACGAACAAAACCAGGAUUUGUGUCAGCCCUGCAACUUUGUGGUCUUCUCCAAGGAGCUGGCCGGCCAGUUAGGCUGGAAGACGGCGCGACAAACUUGUGAGGAACUGGCCGCUAACAUUCCCGGAAAUGGUCCAAAACCUGCCUUCAUUUGUCCCUGGGGCAGUGCUGGAGCUGGUGCUUUGGAUGCCAACGGGAGUUACCAUGAAAUGGCUUCCUAUAAGCAGGAGAAAGCGGUGGACACGCUGGGAGCUGGAGACAGCUUUAUGGCGGGUUUCAUAUAUGCCACUCUCGAAGGCCGGCGAUGUUUACCGGAAGCUGUAGACUUUGCCAAUCGAGUUGCCAGCCAUAAAAUCACUGGAUUCGGCUACGACCAUAUUGCACAACUCAGCUUAAAUUAAAGUUAGUGUGUUAUAGCCUUAAAUCUACCUGACAUAAGAUCUUUAAUUCUCUGCGACAGAAUUUAUUAACAUUAAAAGCCGAAACGAAAAAAUGUUUAUGUAUAAAAUUGUUUUUAGAAGUUACAUGAAUAAUUUGUAUUGGAGACUAAAAUAGUUGUUUUAAAUUCAUGUGUGAAUGUUUUAACAUAGUAAUGAUUUUAUAUUAAACAAUUUUAAAAAUGA